CACCGAUUCCCGUUGCCAUGUUGCACAUGGCCCCUCUCUUCUUUCCCUCAGCAUUCCGUGCAGGUGGAUUCUUCACCUUUUUUUUCUUUUCAACUUUUUUUUUUCUGUCGUUUUGACACAUUUUUGGGAGCACAGAACGAUCCAUCGGGUUUUCACUGCCAAUUUAUUAUCGACAACCAAAAAGAUAUUUGAUGCUUGUUGCAGAAACAUUUCACGGCUACAUUGAAACUACCCAAGAUGUUCUCCUUAUUUUUGAAGGAUGUCGACGCAAUCUGUUACCGAGAAUAGGCCGACGGUUACAAGAAAGGGAGCGAAAAAUGAUCCGUUCGGGGUCCGUCUUUGUGUUUGAUGAAAAAGAAUCCGGCAUCAAACGAUGGACGGACGGACGAGUGUGGAGCCCUUCUCGUAUUCUCGGCAAUUUCCUCAUUUACCGAGAACUCGAUAAACGGAUGGCAGGUGACAAGCGAUUAUCCAUGUCAGCCGCGGUACGGUCGAUGAGAGGGUUAGGCGAUGCACGCAGCCGUAGCUACAGUGCAGAUCAAAAUUGCCAUCCUGGGGAUGUAUCCGAGCGCUGCAAGGAACGCCACUUGGUGGGCAGUCUGUCUGAUUCGUAUCGAUUUCGUCAAGAUGGAUUGAUCAAAAAGACCAUGUCCAUUAUCAUCAACGGAGUAUCACAACAUCUUGUUUCUUAUUAUCAUCCACAAGAUGUCAUGAACAGUAAAUUGAGAACGCCCUCCUCGGUGCCUGAGCUUGCCUGUCUGGAAAUCUCGGCCGAAUUACUUUCCAAACAAAACUUUCGUAUACCUCCCAUGGUGGAACCUAUCAUGGAUCCUCUCGACAGUGGAGCUCACAGUCCACUGACACCCCCAGACACCUUGUCCCAUUUUGCAGGCAACUUUGCGUCAGCAUCCGAUCGUCGAGGGAUGCAUCCUCUUCGCAGUAUGUCCUUAGGUUCGGGGACUUUGUGCGAGUCUUACGGUGGACCUUCGUAUGGUGGGAUGGGUCCUUCAUUUUAUUCGAACGCAAGAAUGGAUCUGGACAUGAAAUUACCGACGUCGAGCCUACCGUCAUUCCCUCAAUCCCCACUUUCAAUUCCGACCGUGUAUUGUCCCACCAGCACCACUGGGUUUCCGGGUAUGCCAUCGCCUUCCAGUGUUUCAUCAUCUCCCAGCACACCGAUGCUGUCGCCCCUACGCUCCACCUUCCACGCUUAUUCUCCCUAUCCAUUAUCCUCCAUGUCAUCCACCCUUCCAUCUACGCGAUAUGAUGCCCUCAGUUACCAGCAAGCUAAAUUAUCGCACGAGCCGCCGUCGUCAAAUUUCGUGUCAAGCACAAGCUACUGCGGGAUCUCGUGUGAAGAAAACAACAACGAAUACCUACCUCAAUACGAACUGAGUCCUAAGCUUGAUCAGUUAUUAAACCCGAUCCAUCCUCUUCAUUCGUUCCCUGCUCCCACGGAGUCUCAUCCCAGUCAGACUUUACUACAUCAGUCCAUAUCGAUGACCUCCGAUUCACCAUAUACGGAUUAUGCCGAGAGGUCCAUGAUUUCUAACGAAUUCUGCAAUGUCAAACCUUCGUGCGAUGCACUGGAGCACCGGUCAUUAUCAUUGCCAACCGUAGUGCAGCAGCAUGGUGAGACAAAAGGCGUUCUCGGUAGCACUAUGCAUCAUGAUCAUUGGCAGCAUGUUUCAACGUAUAUGGACACUCCGCAUGAUGCCGUCGUUUACAAUAACAGUAUGACCGCUGCUGUUUAUUCACAACAGGAAAUGGCCAUGACAGACGACCCACCAUACCCCGUUUGAUAUGUGCCUCCACCAACAAUUUUUCUUUUUCCUGACUUUUCUGUACUUUUUGUUCUUAUUUUUUUUUUUUUUCUCUGAAAAGAUUUUAUGGUAUUCCCUUAUUAUUUUUCUUUUAUUGUUUCGUGUCAAAAAAUUAUGUUCCUUUUUAUGGUUGUAGUACUACAAAAAAAAACUAGUGUUUUGUUUUUCUUUUGCUUUUCUGCAUUGGAAUGAAAAUACAAUAUAUCAUGGUCAACGAAA